ACAGUAGUCUCCAAUGAUGACUUCUUUGGAGCUUAGAGAGAGCUGCAAAUCCCAGUAGUCUUACAGAGCCCAGAGACAUCCCAUUGUUUACUGUACAGAUAUCAGGUGAUACUUGUCUUGUGGUGACAGAAUGUAAUUUACUAAAUAAAAACAAGAAUACUAGAGCCCUGUUGGAAGUUUGUUCAGGAAUUGAUUGGUGGCCAUUGGCAUGGUAUUGUAUUGAUCUCUCUGUGUUGGUAGUAUUGGAGCGUGAGGUGCUAGCAGAGAAGGCUUUGUCCCACAUGACUUCUGGUCUGAUACGGCUGGUAGAAUUGGCCUCCUCACAGCUGCUGGGCAUAGAGUACUGAGCAGGUAGGAGGAGAAGAAGCAGAGUCUGAUACAGCUGGUAGAAUUGGCCUCCUCACAACUGCUGGGCAUAGAGUACUGAGCAGGUAGGAGGAGGAGAAGCAGAGUCUGAAAGGUAAACACCAUCUUUACAGCCAGUGGGACUAAAACAAGCUUAGGAUCUGACUUCCACUUCUCCCUGACAAAUUUUUCAGAGGUGUUCUGGUAUCAGUUUGGACAUUGAAACACCCCCACAUUGUAAGGUUGACAUAAUUGUGUGAUACCAGCUCUCCUAGGAACACUGACUUCAUGGGGAAGACACACACGUGUGGAGCUGUCUGUUAAAGUACAUAGGAAAGACAUUUCAGACCCUGGGAUCUCAUUCCUGCUGUCACUAUACAUAUAUCAUAACAUAUGGCUGGCCAUCUUUGGACAAUAAACUUGAUAAAAAAGCUAAAAAGCAGAGCUGUUUGAAUUCUAAUAUUCUUAAUAUUGGAAUUUUAUGGCAGGGAAUUGUACCAGUUGCUCUCUUUUGGAGUUGAAUCCCACUCCUCUUGACUAACCACUGGAAUACAGUGACUCUGUUGCUAUUGAAUAGUACCCAAUAUCUUCAAGAUCUAUAGUCAUGUUACAUAGCUGUCACAGUUGAAUAUAUCUUCAGGUUGUUAUCCAUGUACUGUUGUAUAUGUCACAAUUGAUACAGACUCUGUGGGAUAGAUACUUUGGCCUUUAACAUACAUGUAGAUGAAGUUUGGAAAAUUUACAGAAAGUAUUUCAGUUCAUUGCAAGGAGACCACAUAUUCAGGAUAUCUUAUAAUUUUUCUGUGAUGUCUACUGAUAAUUAAGUGACACCACUAUGCACACAUAUUGAAGGUGGAUAGUAUAUCAGUGUUAAGGCUUAUGAUUCACAGUGAAUGGUGAAAAGAAGGAUGUCUAUGUGAACACAGGCUUGCUAGUAAAAUUUCAGGAAAGCAUAUUACUAGUUUAUCUUGAAGGUGCACAGGUUGGAGACUCCAUGUAGCCAGAAGAGGCUCUGGUAUUAAUUCAAUAACUUUUAAAAAGUCGAUUCCUUAAGAGUGUCACAUAAGUCAGUGAUGGGGAACAAACUGGACCAUGUAAAGCAAGACCUGGAGGACUGGACGGAAGAUGUCACGGAAUUUAAACAGGAGCUAAAACAAGCUUGGCAGGAGAAAAAGUUGAAACAGUUUUUAUCUGAGAGGGUCCAUAAGGACUCUAGCUCAGAAUAUGAUGACUCUGGGCCUGAGGAGGAAAGGCAGGGGAUGGAGGAGGAGGAAGGAGCUCCUAUCUUUUUAAAUGGAGAGGAAGGCAUUGACCCUGUCGAGCAUGGUGCCAAGCUUGAAGACAGGUUCUAUAACAACAAAGCUUUCAAGAAACCUGACAUAGACAGUGGCGACCCCCAGCAGCAAGAAGCUGCGGUGAAGAUUCAGACCAAGUAUCGUCAGCAUGCUGCCACACAGGAGGUGCAAGAGAUGAGGGAAGACCAGGCAGCCAUCAUGAUCCAGUCAGGAUACCGGGGAUUCCAGGGCAGACAGAGAGUGCUCAAGAUGAAAGACCCAGAAGAAUAUGAAAAACAGAAGCAAGCCAGAGAUGCCAGGAAGAAGAACAAAGCAGGUGCUGCCCCAAGUGCCGAGGACACGCCCCAGGCAGAGGAGGAAGUGGACAUUGACCUCACUGACCCAGAGGUGGAAAAAGCUGCAACAAAAAUACAGGCAGGGUUUAAAGGGAUGAAGGCAAGGAAGCAAGUCAGUGAUAUGAAAACAUCAGCACAUGAUGACGCUAACAUGGCACCCUCACAGGAGCCUGCUUCUGCCACUGUAGAGGAGGAAGAGGAGGAGAUAGAUAUAGAUCUUAAUGACCCAGAAGUAGAGAAAGCUGCAACUAAAAUCCAGGCUGGCUUUAAGGGCAUGAAAGCACGCAAAAAUGUGAAGGCUGUUAAGGCUCAGACUGCAGCAGCAGUUAAAAUCCAAGCAGGCUUUCGGGGCAUGAGGGCCCGCCAUAAAGUCCAAGCUCUCAAGGUUCGUAGGUCUGCAGCAGUCAAGAUUCAGGCAGGUUUUAGGGGUAUGAAAACACGAAGACGAGUCAAGGUCUUGAAGGCUGUUAAAACAGAAGCUGCAACAAAAAUUGAGGCAGGUUUUCGUGGUAUGAAAGCCAGAAAAGAAGUCAAACAUAAGAAGGAAGUAGAAACAGAAGCUGCCACUAAAAUUGAAGCAGCAUUCCGUGGAAUGCAUGCCAGAAAAGAAGUUAAACUAAAGAAGGAAGUAGAAACAGAAGCUGCCACUAAAAUUGAAGCAGCAUUCCGUGGAAUGCAUGCCAGAAAAGAAGUUAAACUAAAGAAGGAAGUAGAAACAGAAGCUGCCAUUAAAAUUGAAGCAGCAUUCCGUGGAAUGCAUGCCAGAAAAGAAGUUAAGCAUAAAAAGAUGGUAGAGACAGAAGCAGCCACAAAAAUUGAAGCAGCUUAUCGUGGUAUGAAAGCCAGAGAAGAAAUCAAACAUAAAAAGGAAGUAGAAACAGAAGCAGCUACAAAAAUAGAAGCAGGCUUUAGGGGAAUGAAGGCCAGAAGAGAUGUCCGGCAUAUGAAGGAAAGAGAGGUUGAAGCAGCAACCAAGAUCCAGGCAGGAUUCCGUGGCAUGCAUGUCAGGCACCAGGUCCAGGUUAUGAAGGAGGUGGAGUCAAAAGCAGCUACAAAAAUUGAGGCUGGUUUUCGAGGCAUGAAGGCCAGAAAGGAAGUGAAGAAAAUGAAGGCAGCAGAAAGCCAUGCUGCCACAAAGAUCCAAGCAGGAUUCAGAGGCAUGCAUGACAGACAGAAGGUCAAGGUCAUCAAGGAAACCAAGGAAGCAGCUGCGUGUAAAAUCCAAGCAGGUUUCCGAGGAAUGAGAGAUAGAAAACGAGUCAAAGAAAUAAAAUCUGGUGGAUUUAAGGCACGAAAGGAAGUUGAAGCUAAGAAGUUUGAAGCAGGAGCAGCUUCUUCUGGGGCGACACCAACUGCAGAGGCAGAGGUGACACCUGCUGACACAGAAGCACCUCCUGCAGAGGAGAAGAAAGAAGAGGAGGAAGAAAUUGAUAUUGAUCUGGAAGAUCCUGAAGUGGAAAAAGCUGCAACUAAAAUUCAGGCUGGUUUUAAAGGACUUAAGGCCAGAAAAGAGGUUGCUGCCAUGAAGAAAGAGUCUGAACCAGAUACUUCCCAGAAACUGAAGGUGAAGGUCAGGGUGAAGGUCAAGGUGAAGGUCCAACAGAGGGUGAGAAACCUGCUGAAGGUGAGAAGAAGCCAGAGGAAGAAGAAGAAAUUGACAUUGACUUAAAUGACCCAGAGGUCGGAAAAGCUGCAACUAAAAUUCAAGCUGGAUUCCGUGGCAUGCAGGCAAGAAAAGAAGUUGCCACAAAGAAAACAUCAGAGA